AUGGAUUCGACUCCUGGCACGGGUCAGCCAGACCCAAAGGAGGCCAUCGCGCUGGUGACGACAUUCGUCGACAACAGGACUGAACAUCUACAUCCCGCACUCGCAACACAAGGUAAUCAUUACGACUCUCGAUUACAGAAAUAUGUGCUUGGGAAGCAAGACCGAUCCGAGGAAGGAGACCUUAGAAGAUACGAACAUGAGUUCAAGAUACUUGCAGCACAGUGCGAGCAAGAAAUGCAAGCAUUCAAUCUAAGAGAUCAGACCGCAAGAGGCUCUACAAACAAGGCGAGCGCAAAAGCGUCAUGGGAAGACGUGCUAGAUGAGCUGGAUAGAGCGAAGGAUCGAUGGGAAGCAAAGACCAAUGGUAAAAGUGGUGUCUUCAGAAAUUCUGGAAGGUACUUGAGUGGAAGGGCAAGUUACAUCAGUCCAUGGCUCGACCUCCUUCCGAGCUCAGACUAUGGGUCCAUCGUCUGCGGGGGAUUGAAGUUGAUCAUCGGCGCGGCAGCUGCGAAAGAAGAAGCACAGAGCGAAAUCCUACAGUGCAUGGAGUCACUGCCUAACAACAUCGAGGAAGCAUGCAACACUAUCGCAACGUUCAGCGACAAACUGGAUCGGAAGCAAGAGAUCAGGCUCAGAAUAGCCGCGUUGUCGUUCUCAAUGGCAGUGUUGAAGGCCGUGAGACAGAUGACGUGCUGGUUUGAUAAACGCCUCUAUCGCAAAUCUCUGAGCUCAUUCUUAAAACAAUCUGAAUAUUCGAAGGAUAUCCAGGAAGCUGUGCGCAGCAUUGCGUCUCGAUCUGAAGACUUGCGUCGGCUGGCGGAGGGGUGUCAUCGCAGACUUGAUGUCCAAACGAACGAGAUGGUGUCUACAUUGGCUGAAAUGGUGCUGGAUGUGAAGACCGGAACAACGCGUCUCCUGAAAGAUCAUGUGACUAAUGCACAGUGGGAAACUAUUAUGAAAAUGUGGACCCAUAUCGCGGAGUGCGUACCGAGCCCUCCGGUGAUCUACCAGCCCAUCAUCCAAUGUAUUCUCCAAACGCCGUCCCUAGCCAGUAAAGAAGAUAUACUACGAUUCCUCAACGUUGACGGACAAGCAAUCCAGCAACCACUUCUCGAAGCCACGGCACCACGCUUCCGGCAUGCGCAGGAAAACGCGAACCUCUUGCAGCUAGUUCUGAAGAGUCUCCAAUUUACGCAUUGGAUGCGCUCGAACGAGUCAGAUGUCCUGGUGCUGCGGCGGGGCCCAGUCGACAGACAAGUAUCGCAAACUUUCGCCUUUCUCGCUGCGACACUCGUGGAGACAUUGUCGACUUCGACGACAGCGGUCGUACUGCACCUCUUCUGUGGAGGUUUGGAAGAAGAGACUCAUCCCCCGGGCUCUUAUUGGUUUCUCAGAAGCCUAAUCUUUCAGCUUAUGCAGUACCAGAACAGCGCAUCUAUCCGCUCAGAUGCGCUCUCCGUUUCGACAUACGAACCUAACCAUCUCCGGGCACUCCUCCUCCACAUCCUCCAUUCUCUACCAGUGAGCCAGACAGUAUUCGUUCUCGCGCAUGGGCUUGGAUAUCAUGAGUAUGACGAUGAGGCGGAGACGGUAUAUCUUUUGCACCUCCUUGCCGAGCUGGGAAGCUUGCCGCCGGAUCCGAAGCUUCGAGUCAAGGUGCUCCUCACACCGUCCACGCCUUCUAUGACUGGGGACAUUGUUCCUUUCGAAAAGCAGCUCUAUCUUCCGGAGGAGUGCGAUUACCUUCCCGAGUACUCCUUACCUCACGUACUUGGGAUGAUGGGCGGUGAGAUGCUGUACUGACGGGGUCUUGGUGUCCCUGGCUUGUCUACGCGUGGAAGAAUGUGAGGUUUUGAAUUAUUCUAAG